AUGAGCAUUUCGUUCCUCUUUUUCGUUUUCCUGCUCUCCGGGCUCGGCGAGCACGUCUCGGAAGGCGGCCGAAUCGCGCGAGCAUCUAAUGGAUCCGUUGGACAGAGUGAGAGGACGUUUCGCAACUGAACACGACAUCUUGCGGUUGCAAAAUGUCGUGUUCCUAGUUUGCCAACUUGUUAUGGACGUUUUGCGACCAGAGAGUUGACUUUCUUCAAGUCCGGUUGCAAAACGUCCUCUCUCUCUCCCAUUUCACAACCGUUCUUGCAGCCAAAUCGCCACUGGCCCGCAUAAUCGACGAUCUUUCGAUUCUGGCGCGAGUGACGAACGCGAUCGCGCUCCAAUCAGUACUCCGACACGUGCGGCUCCAUGACGUGGCGGCCGAACUUUUGCACGUGCGCACCGACCAUUUCGCAACCAUUCUCGCAACCAACACCUCCUUCAUCAUCUCCACAAUUGAUGAGUUGUUCGCGAAGAGCCACAACUUCCAGAACAACGAUCCGACGGCUCUGAAACGGCUCGAAUCGAUGCGAGAAGUGCUCGAGGUGCUGGCGGUGGUGAAAAGGGAUUCGAAACGGCUGCUGAAAGCCGGCCGAGCGAAUGCGGUCGAUUUUAUUGCAAACGUGAAUGACGAGGAAGUAAUGGACAGCUAUUUAAUGUGCGAGCAAUACAUUUUAGACCCGUUCGCCGAUUAUCACAAAAUUGAAAACGGCGAAAUGGAGGUGAGCGAGUACGGACGAGCGAAGAACUUUCUCGACAUUCAACAACGAACCGGCUCUCUUAAGUACUACAUCAACAAUUUGAAGGAGCACAAAAAAAAACUUCGCUCAGCGGUUAUCGGCUAUGAGUACGCGAAGCUCGAAGCGAUGGACGAACUGCAGGGCACCGUCAAACAGUUUGUCGGCAAGGAGCGCGCUCAAUUCGAUCGGUUCGCCGACGAUGUGCUCAAGUUGAAGGAAUAUUUUGAGGCGACGCAAGACGUCUGGUCCCAAGACGCCCGCAAAAAAGUGGAUUUGGAGCGGCUCGUCGCCGCGCUCACCCAAAUCGAAUCGGAGCAGUUGGAGGAGGGGCGACGAUCGCGCAAGUUUGUGCCGGCGUUCGAGAAAAGCGAUGACGUGGCAAGGGUUCGCGGCGAUUUGCGCUCCCAAUGGUUUGUGGAGAAGGUGAGCGGGGGGAAAAGUACGAAAAAGCUGCGAAACGAGUUGAAGGCGUUCUUCAAGUUUGGAGCAAAAGUUGAAAAGUUGGAGAGGAGCUGGAAUGAAACGUACACAAUAUUUAAACAUUUCAAGACGAACAUUAUCAACACUCGGACGGGAGUCAGCAGAAUUUUGAGCGUCCGCUUCAACGCGCACAACCCAAACCCGUUUGAAACGUUCUCGAACGCAUUCAAAACGUGCUGGUCGCAGGGAUCCAAUGUUCACGACGUUCGCGUCUUCACCGACUUUGAGGACAAGUUCGAGGUGAUCUUUCGGAUGAUGGACACGUUCGGUAAGCUCAUCAAGCACACGAGCGAUUUUAUGGAGAACACGGAUCUCGUCUCGUACCAAAAAUCGAUGGACUAUCUCGCCGGACUCGUCAACGCCACUCAACUCACCGAGGACAGUGUGCAGGAGAUGCGAAAGCAACUGAAACACUCGACCGAACAUUAUUAUCACUUUUUUCUGGGAUCCGCGCGCGUUCGCAAGUUGCGAGACGCGCAGGACGCGUACGUAAAAGCGUGGGCGGCGGUGAGGGCGCAAAACUUUACCGCCGAAAUGUUCGAUUUGAGCGCGUUGUUGAACGGAUCCGCAAGUUUGAAAGUUAUCGCGUGUCUCAACAACUCCCGGCACUUGGACAUUGACGAAAUGCGACGCAUCGUCGACUUUCUCAUCGACUUUUCAUGGUUUUCGAAAUUGGACGAAGAGGGCGCGACGAAAAUGUUGUUGGAUGGUAUCGGCCGAGUUGGAGACGAGAUGAAACGACUGGAAAGCGGGAGAGGAACGGGAAGACGGCACGAGAAGCGCAUCAAAAAGUUUAAAAACUCGGCAGACUUGGCCCAGACGUUGGGCCGCGGGGUUUCGGCGCUGAGCGAGCUGGACCACGUGCAUUCGGCCCGCGAACUCAUCCUCAACUCGACACAUCUUGACGAGGCCGAGACGUGGAUCCUUCAGGCGACGGCGAGCUACACGCUGCGUCAGGCGUGGGUCGUCAAACCCGACGUGAUUGUGCGAAAUUCGAUGGAGGCGCUCGACGCGUUGAUGCCGAAAGCCGUCGAGGUGCUGCGCGGCACGCAGCCGUUUGUCGACAUGAGACGGAUGUUCGACGCGGCGAGAACGGUCGUCGGCAUCGAGGUGGAGCGGAAAGAGUUCCGGACGGUCGCCGAAAAGUUGAGGCGCGCCGGACACGUGGACACUGCCGAGAAGUUUGAGCGGAUCGCCGAGCUCAAUCUGGACUUUGCAAAGUUUGAGACGGAUUUCACGGGCGCCGCCGCGAGUUUAAGCGCCCUGCGCGCCAACUUUGACGAGCUCUUCGGACUCGGAAACCGAACUUUAAAGGCGGUGAAGGAAGACGUGCGAUUUCUACAGUCACUCUCCACGCCGGCACUCAUCGGAAUCUGCCUCGCCUUCAUCCUUCUCAUCCUCUCCGCCUCCGCUAUUGGGUACGCAUUCACAAAGGGCGGACGCAAGAGGUACCGCACGUGGUACUUGUACUAUUUUCCGGAUAUGGACGAGUUUGAGCGACGGUGGAGGUACUCGGUCAGUUGGAAUCUGACAAUAUCGCAACGAGUCUGAGCGGUUGCGCGUUUCAGCUGUUUUUGGAUCGGAUGAAUGCGAAAAACGCGUUGAUGGAGGCGGUGAUGGAUGCGAAUCCGCCGAACACACUGAAAGAGCUGAAGAAGGGCGCCUAUGUUCAUGUUUAUAAUAGUGAGCAUUGCUCCCCCAGGCCCCAGUUUAGUACACUUUCAGAGUUUGGAAACACGCCUCUACACGUGGCCGCCAAUCUCGGAUACUGGAAGAUUCUCGAGAUGCUCAUCAAGCACGGCGCCGAUCGGGACCAGCUGAACUAUCUGAACCGGACCGCCGAGCAGACGAUUCCUGACAAUUAUCGAGUGAUGUACAAGGAAAAGGCGGCGGACUAUGAUAAAGUGGGCGAGAUAUUCGACAAGUAUCGCAACAAGAAGUUUCGGAUUAGUGAGUCUAUUGUAUUGAGAGAGUAUUGUAGACGUGUUGUUUCAGUGGUGCCUGAACAGUUCCCGACCAGUUCAUUCCACAUUUAUGUGGAACCAAGGACAGAUGAUCAGUUGACUAUUAAGUUUAUGGAGAAGUUUGAGGAUAUUGUAGGUUUCGAGUAGCAGCCAAACGAAGACAUGCGAUAUUGUAGUCUUUCAACGAGCCAUCACCCAACGCGACACAUGUCGUCGUGAAGACGAGUACGGACGGGAUUCUGGAGACUGACGACGUCGCGCUGCUCGCCUGGAUCUUCAACGGAACGAUAAUAGUGAACGAGCAGUGGAUGUCGGACUGUUUGACGGACCCGAAAAUGCUGGCGUCGGACGAGAAGUACCUCGUGGAUCGGGUCAGGUACAAGGGACAAGUGUACGAGAAUGCGGUGCUUCCGUGGAGCCGAGCCCUAGCCAAAGGCGCCAUGCCGUUUCUGCACGGCGUUCAUUUCGUCAUCUGUAUGGAGACGUACAAUAACCGUUCGUUUCAAGGGGACCGCCUGCUCAUUGAUUUGUGACCAUUUUCAGUUCUCUUCAUGCACAAUCUGGUGAAGACGCACGGCGGCACGGUGCUCGACGAGUUCCCCGUGCGCGAGAAGUACAAUGCGGGCGCCCAUCCGUAUCUGCACACCAAUCUCGGACCCAUCUUCAUCCUCCACGACGCGAAGAGCGAUCUGAGUGCGUACCGGACCGAUCCGUUGUUCACGGUGCUCACGGAGCCCGAGUUUAUCGCCUUCAUGCUCAGAAGGGACGUGCAGCAGGAGACGAAGAAGGACCCGGUUCCGAUUUUGAUUGACGAUGAUUAG